AAAAAAAAAAGAAAAGGGAGACAACUUUGUGUAACUGCAGGCUCUGCCUUGCCUCGAGGCUUCAGCACUGCGCUUCUGUGAAGUGCCCUCUUGCCCAGGGGUGUGCAGUGGUGUGCAUGAGUGAGUGUGUGUGUAUGUGAGCCAGAGCCUCAGGAAAUCAUGUCAGAUCCCAGGGACAUCGACGAGGAUGCCAUCCUCAAGGGCCUCAGCGCCGAGGAGCUGGAUCAGCUGGAGUAUGAGCUGCAGGAGAUGGACCCUGAGAAUGCCAUGCUGCCAGCUGGUUUCAGGCAGCGAGACCAGACGAAGAAGAGCCCGACGGGGCCUUUUGACCGCGACGCCCUGAUGCAGCACCUGGAGAAGGAGGCCCUGGAGUUCCCGGACAGGGAGGACCUGGUGCCCUUCACUGGGGAAAAGAAAGGAAAGGCCUUCGUGGCCAAGAAACCUGAAGACCUCCCCGACCAUGAGAAGGUGAUGCUGGAGCCGGAGCUGGAGGAGGCUCUGAAAAACGCCACCGAUGCAGAGAUGUGUGAUAUUGCAGCUAUCCUUGGAAUGUACACGCUGAUGAGCAACAAGCAGUACUACGACGCUCUGGGCACCACGGGCACCAUCGCCAACACAGAGGGCAUCAACAGUGUUGUGAAAGGAGACCCUUUUAAGAUCUUCCCCGAGGAGCCUCCAAACUGCACCAACGUGGAGGAAACCCUGGAGAGAAUCCACAACAAUGACAGCGGCCUGACUGAAGUCAACCUCAACAACAUCAAGGACAUUCCCAUCCCGACGCUGAAAGAGAUCUUUGAGGCGAUGAAGGGAAACUCUCACGUGGAGUUUCUGAGCAUCGCUGCGACCCGAAGCAACGACCCUGUGGCUUAUGCAUGCGCUGAGAUGCUGCAGGAGAACACCAGCUUGCAGAGUCUUAAUAUCGAGUCCAACUUCAUCACUUCAGACGGCAUGAUGGCCAUCAUCAAAGCCAUGGCGAACAACGCCACACUGGUGGAGCUCAAGAUUGACAACCAGAGGCAGAAGCUGGGAGACUCUGUUGAGAUGGAGAUCGCCACCAUGUUGGAGAACAACUCCAGCAUCCUCAAGUUCGGCUACCACUUCACCCAGCAGGGUCCCCGCGCCAGAGCCGCCAUGGCCAUCACACGGAACAACGACAUGAUUCGCCAACAGAGAUUAAGAUGAAAGCGACGCGGAGCAGACAGGAGAACUAUCACUUCAGCCCCUCGGAGCCUGCAGAGACUCGCCAACGACGUCGGCUUUCUCACUGUGCUGCACCGGAGCCGAGCGAAUCCUCCCAAAUUAAUCCGGGUCAUUGUGCAUGGCGGAAACCGUGUCUAACAUCCAUUUCAUUUCAUUUACUGCAGCGAGCUUUGUGUAGACUGCUGAAUUCAUCAUAAAGGCAUGUAUAGGCCACGAGCAAAAAUGUGAAGUGUCUUCUUUGUGAUUUUAUUUUUUAAAUUUUUAUUUGUGCAUCACCGACAUCAUCCCCGACAAAAAGUUAACUCUUUUAAUUCAUGAAAACCUUUUUUUUUUCUUUUCUUUUUUCAAUGUGGUGCUACAUUAUAUGUGGGAAGGAAACAAACAAAAAAAAACUGUAAAUAAUUUAAAUAAAAAUAUAUAUUCAAGUA